UCUUUAAUAGAUAUACAAUUAACGUAAUUGGACCUUUAUCUACAAGAAAAAUGUUAUCAUCCAAAGUCUUAUCAUCAGCUAUAAGAGCUCAAACUAAAAAUUUAGUUAAAAGGGUCAAUGUCUCCAAGAACAUUACUCCAACUAUGUUGAAGUGCAGCAACAUGAUUGUUGCUAGAGGUUUUCAAUCCACAAUUACCAAAUACAAUGCCCAUGCUGAUUUAUCUAGUGUAUUGCAAUCAGAAUUGAAAGUUACUAAAACUGUUCCAAAUAAGUUAGAUGAUAUUUAUGAUGCUUAUCUCAAAGACAAUAAAUGGGAAAUAGUUGACAACGCAGGCCAAUCUGUUGUUGCAUUGACCAAAAAAUUAGAUGAUGGUAAGAUUAUUAGUGUUUAUUUCGAUAUCGAACAAGUUGCUGAUACUCCAAUUUCAGAUGAAGCAGAACAAGAAAAUUUUGAUUCUGAAGAAGCUGCCUCUGAAGAAGAUGAAUUUGAUGAAAACGAGCAAGUUAGAAAUGAGAUUGAUGAAUUUGAUAAAUUAAUGUGUAAUGUAAGAAUCGUUCUUGAAAAUCCAGGUUCUGAAGCUGGUAUCUUCAUCAAUUUGAUUUUACAUAGCCUUGAAAACUCUUUCAUUAUUGACUAUGUUUCAAACCAUUCCAAUAUUGCCGAGUUAAAACAUGAAAUUGAAUCUACUGGUGAGUUCUCUGAUCAAUUAAGCUAUCAAGGACCAAGAUUUUCUCAAUUGGACGAAUCUAUUCAAACUCAAUUCGAAGCCUACUUAUCUACAAAUGGUAUUGAUGAUGAAUUAGCUGAAUUCAUCGUUGUUUACAGUGAAGUUAAGGAAGAAAAUGAAUAUAGAUCUUGGUUAAGUGGUUUAGUUUCAUUCUUCAAAUAAAUCUAGUAAUUCUUCUUGUAUAUAAUUAAUUGCAAGAUGCUAUAUAUAGUUAGCAUCAAAGCUCCUAGUAGUAAAUGAAAAACACAAAUAUAUUAUUCUGUACAUAUUAGCUUAUCUUUCCCCAGAUUCUGAUUAUAUUAGCAUUUAUGGGGUCACGUGCAUUCACGUAUGACUAGGGCUUCAGACCUACUCCCUGCAUGUAAAGGAGCUGUAGCAAAUUCGCAGUAUCACCAACACCAAAUUCGAGGAAAAAAAAAAUGAAAAGUCAAUUGAAAUACAGCGUAAUAACUGACAUA